AUGCCUCGGGAAAUAAUCACAUUGCAGGUCGGGCAGUGUGGCAAUCAAAUCGGAUCAGAGUUUUGGAGGAAGCUCUGUCUGGAGCAUGGGAUCAGCAACGAUGGUAUAUUAGAGGAAUUUGCAACUCAGGGGGGAGACAGGAAAGACGUUUUCUUCUAUCAGGCAGAUGACGAAAGAUACAUCCCAAGAGCCCUCCUCAUCGACCUGGAGCCCAGGGUAAUCAAUUCAAUACAGAACUCGGAUAUCAAGAAUCUGUUCAAUCCAGAGAACGUUUACUUGUCCAAGCACGGCGGAGGCGCCGGCAACAACUGGGCCAGCGGGUACCACCAGGGGGAGAGUGUGCAGGAAGACCUCAUGGACAUGAUUGAUCGUGAGGCGGGGUAUAGUGACAGCCUGGAGGGCUUUGUGCUGUGCCACUCCAUUGCUGGGGGUACCGGCUCAGGCAUGGGUUCCUACCUGCUCGAAGCCCUGGGGGACCGCUUUCCCAAGAAGCUCAUCCAGACCUACAGCGUCUUCCCAAACCAGAACGAGACGGCGGCGAGCGAUGUUGUGGUGCAGCCAUACAACUCGCUGCUGACGCUCAAGCGGCUGACGCUGAACGCGGAUGCGGUCGUGGUUCUGGACAACACUGCGCUGAACAGGAUCGCCGUCGAACGGCUGCACAUCAGUAACCCCUCCUUCAGCGAGACCAACUCCCUUGUCUCCACCGUCAUGGCCGCCUCCACCGCGACGCUGCGCUACCCCGGCUACAUGAACAACGACCUGGUGGGCCUGGUGGCGUCUCUGAUCCCGACGCCGCGCUGCCACUUCCUCAUGACCGGCUACACUCCCCUCACCAUCGAGCGCGAAUCCUCGGCCGCCGCCGCCGGCGCCGUGCGCAAAACCACGGUGCUGGACGUUAUGCGGCGGCUGCUGCAGCCCAAGAACAUAAUGGUGUCGGCGCACGCACGCACCAAGGAAUAUGAAAAGUCCAAUCACCACUGUCUGCAUGCUGCGCAGGGUGAGGUGGACCCGACGAAUGUGCACAAGAGCCUGCAGCGCAUCCGUGAGCGCAAGCUGGCCAACUUCAUCGACUGGGGGCCGGCAUCCAUCCAGGUGGCGCUGUCGCGGCAGUCGCCGUACCUGAAGACGGGCCACAGGGUGAGCGGGCUGAUGCUGGCCAACCACACGAGCGUGCGUCACCUCUUCAACCGCUGCCUCUCCCAGUACGACAAGCUCUCCAAGCGCAAGGCCUUCCUGGAAAAUUACAAGGAGUUCCCAAUGUUCCACCGAAUUGAGGGCCGCAAGACAGUGGAGAAUCUGGAAGAGUUCGACGAUGCGAGGGAAGUCGUCAAGGCACUGUCGGACGAGUACGAGGCGUGCGAGCGGCCGGACUACAUCGAGCGCGCCGGCCGCCCGAUUUCGAUCUCGAAUUCCGUGCCGCCGAUGUCAGCCGCCGCCGAUCUGCGCUCGCCGGCCUCGGCCAUGGCCUGA